AUGUCAACAACGGUCUCCCUGAAUCAAGCAAAAGAGCAUACACACGCAGCAGAAAGCUCGUCUUCCAGCACUGCCGAGUACCAUCGUCGACCUUCGGAAUGCAACACAGAGAUACCCAACAAGGAUGGCAAGGAGGUCGAACUUCAUAGCUGGAAUGGACCAGACGAUCCCGACAAUCCAUUCAAUUGGUCUCCUACCCACAAGUGGCUGAUCACCAUCACUGUCUGCAUCAUAACCCUCUUGACAGGGCUGCCAGCCGGCUCGUACGGUUCUGGAAAUGAUUACAUGGCUGCUACGUUCAAUGUUCAAAAUGAGCCGUUUCCUAACCUUGCUUGGGCAACUUGUAGUUGGAACCUGGGAGCUGCGAUAUUUCCCCUUGUCUUCGUGCCGCUUACGGAAUCCUCUGGUCGCAUGCCCGGCUACUUUGUUGCCUAUAUCGUACUUGAGCUUUCCCUUUUCGGUUCAGCUUUUGCAGAGAACUUUGCAACCAUAGUUGUGACACGAAUCAUUGGCGGCGGAGCAUCUUCAGUCGCAGGCAACAUAGCCGGAGGCAGCAUUAGUGAUAUUUGGAAAGGGCACCAAGCGCGGAGUUUGCCUAUGGCGCUUUAUGGGUUUACAGGCGUAGCCGGGAUCGCUCUUGGUCCGUUUAUCGGCAGUGCUGUUGUUCAGAUCCACAAGCCCAACAGUGGUUUGCAGGCGCCGUGGCGAUGGAUUUACUAUGUCCAGAUAAUUUUCAAUGCGGUGUUGAUUCCCAUAUUCUACAUCAUUCUUAAGGAAACACGUGGGGAUGUGAUUCUCGAAAAACGCGCCAAGAAGCUUCGCAAGGAAUCAAGCCGACAAAUCUACGCAGAGUCCGAAUUCGACAAGCCAUCGAUUGCAGAGCUACUGAAAACUUCGUUUAUGAGACCUACAAAGAUGCUGCUUACUGAACCCGUGGUUAUGUGUUUCACCCUAUGGAUCAGUUUCGCUUGGGGAAUUCUCUAUAUCUUCUUUUCUUCCGUGGUCCAAACGUUUGGCGAUAGCUACGGCUGGAACGAUAUGCAGACUGGACUCGUACAGCUUGCUAUUACCAUAGGUGCUCUGAUCGGUGCUCUAUUCAAUCCGCUGCAGGAUUGGCUAUAUCUGCGCACAGCCUCCAAGAAUACUGAAAUGCCUGGCAAGCCGAUCCCAGAAGCUCGACUGUACACUAGCAUUCCCGGAUCGCUACUCUUCACAGCCGGACUGUUUAUGUAUGGCUGGAGUUCAAGACCAGAAGUACACUGGAUUGUACCUGCGAGUGGAAUUUGUAUUGCUGGUGUGGGUCUCUUCUCGAUCUACAUGGGGGUAGUCAACUACCUCACCGAUGCUUACGAGAAAUACGCUGGUUCCGCGCUCUCAGCGGCCUCGCUUGGCCGGAAUGCCUUUGGCGCAUUCCUGCCGUUUGCCUCGUAUUCCAUGUUCAACAAUCUCGGCUACGGCUGGGCUGGUAGCUUGCUUGGUUUUAUAGGGCUCGCACUUAGUGCGGUUCCUGUUGUGCUGUUAAUCAAGGGUCGGCAAAUUCGAGCAAGGAGUCCUUUUAUGUUAGACUCUACCUUUGAUCGUGCGGAGGCUAGGGAAAAGACUCAGGAACAGAGAGAGGUUUGA